GCUGCGGGCUGGCAACAUGUGAUGUCGGCACUGGGGCGGGCCGUGGGCGGGAGCAGAGGUUCCCCCAAACACAAACAUGCUGCCUGCGAGAUGAAGCGGACGCACAGCGACAAGUGACGCCGCGGUCACGCCAGCAAACUGAACAACAGGCUCGGUUCCGAGCGGUCCAGAUGGCUGCGGUGCUGCCAGCAGGACGUUAAAAGCGACUUCUACAAGAGCUGACAGCACGCUCACACGCUGAGUUGAGUGUUUAUGGUGUCGGCAGCACGAGCGACCGGGGUUGGAUUUAAGCUUUCACCCUGAAGGAUGCAUGUUUGUUUUGGAGAUAAAGAAUACAAAAAUGAGUUUGCUGUGACAGAAAGUGGACCAGUGGUGCCGGGGGCGUCAUGUCAGCUCUUCUGUCCCCAUCGUGGAGGUCCUUCGUGGUUCUGCUCGGAUGUCUCCAGCAGGUUUCGUCCAUCCGGGUCGGCAUCUGCCAGUCGGGACACAACUCCUCCCACACGGUCGGCUGCCUAUGUGCUUCCGACAUUCUGAGUUGCACCGGACUGGGGCUGGACCACGUCCCUGUAGGCAUCCCCGGUUCUGCUGUCACUCUGGACCUCAGCCAUAAUCGCUUGAUUCAUCUGAAGGGUGGCAGCUUUGGGGGACUGUUCCGUCUGCAGACAUUACGCUUGGCGCACAACCAGCUCACAACCAUCCAGCCGGGCACCUUUGGAAACUCCUCUGGAGGUCUUCUGCGCCACCUAGACCUGUCGUCCAACAAGCUGAGGGUUCUGGAGCAACACUACUUCCAGGAAAUUCCUGGACUGGAGGAGCUGCUGCUCUUCAACAACCGCAUGGUUCAAGUGGAGAGCGGCGCACUGGCAGUACUGGGUGGCCUCCGCAGGGUCUACCUCAGCCACAACCGACUCGCCGACUUCCCUUUCUUCUCCGUUCAAGACCACAGCCACCCUCAGCUGGCCAUGCUGGACCUGUCCUCAAACCACCUGCGGAAGCUGCCCCUGGAGUACUUAUCAAACCUCCCCAGCAGACUCCAGCAGGGACUCUACCUUCACAACAACAUGCUGGUGUGCGACUGCGCCACAUUCCGAAUGUUCCGUGUCUGGGAGGAGAGAGGCUUCGCGUCCGUGACGGACUUCCGGCAAGAUCACACCUGCCGGGUGUACGGGAUGCAACAAGGCACUGUGCGCUUCUUCCAGCAUGGCGGCUUCUUCCACCAGUGCAACUUGACCGCCAUGACGGCGCAACUCAGGGAGCAGCAGAGCAGUGUUGCUGUGAGCGCCGGGGCGGCGUUGCUGCUCCACUGUGCCACCACCCUGACGGGAAGACAUGUCACGUUCUUCUGGGUUUCCCCCAAUCAGGAGUACGUGGCGCCACCUGGCAACAACGGCUCUCUGAAGAUGUUUGCCAACGGGAGUCUGGAGAUUACAGCGGCCCGAGCGGAGGACUCUGGGAUCUACUGGUGCAUGGCUCUGGACGGGACGCAUCAGCGCAACCAGACGCAGGAAGUCAACGUGACGGUGGUGCCGCACGACGCCAUCGAGACUCACGAGUCUUUCAACACCGGAUUCACCACCCUGCUGGGCUGCGUGGUCAGUCUGCUUCUGGUGCUCAUGUACCUGUACCUUACACCCUGCAGAUGCCCCCACUGCAACAAAGCGACACCCCCCGCCACCUCCGGCGCGGCCAACGAGGCCGGGGUAGAGAGCGGCCAGUCCUCCAUUCUCAGCCCCACCCCACCCGCCACCACGGAGGGCCCGGGCCGCAAGGUGAGUACCAACAAACAUGUGGUCUUUUUGGAGCCAAUCAGAGAGCAACAAAACGGCAGGCUCGGGGUGGGACACGUAGGGCCGGGUUUACUUCUGGAACCCGAGCAGCAGCCAAAGCAGGACGUGUUCCUGGACACGCCCCUCGUGUUGCCAUAGCAACAGGACUCCCUGCCACCGUCGCCACCAUCACCACCAUCACCACCAUCACCACCCCUGUGUCAUGACAACACAAGCAGCACCUUUGCUUUGCCUUCUUCCUGUUUGUCCGGCCAAGGACCAAUCACACUGUGACCGAUGCAACACCAAAGAUGGCCACACUAACAAGUCGGGGUAGGGGGCUUCUGGUCCCAAAUGAAACCUUUAAAACCUUUUGUGUAACUUCCUGUCACACGGACACUGUGUCACGCAUCUAAUGUUGUCCAGUAGAGGAGCUUUUUUUUGUAAAAACAGAAGCUCGGCUUUCAUUGCCAAAUGCAACUUUCACCGAGGAGCACAAGAGGGACAUAAAUAAAUGAAGACUUGUCUGUUUGGAUGCUUUCACUGUACUCACUGCAUCUUCCCUGCACUACCUCCACUUCCUGUCUGUCUUUGUGUCCGAAUAAAGUACUAUGGACGUC